AUGAGGCGGAUGGGUUACGAGUUCUUUAAAGCUACGCACUUCACUGCAGUCGUUGUCUUUGUGGUCGUAUUCUUCUGGCAUUGCGACUAUACGCUCACUUCCUGGCACUACUUCAUUGCAACAGCUGCGAUAUACGUCCCGUGCUUCGUUUAUCCGUGGCUUCGCACCGCUUUCGAAUACGGGUUCACUCAAAAGGCAUUCGUGGAAAUCGAGGGCAAUGGUUUCAUACGCCUUACCGUCCCAUCGGUUAACAUGCGAUGGAAGCCAGGGCAGCAUUGUUUCCUACGGUUCACGAGUUUUGGUCUACAGGCUUUCUCUUCUCAUCCUUUCACUAUUUGCUCUCUGCCUUCCACACAGUCGAGUGAGAAGUCCGAGCUGGUAUUCUACAUACGGCAUUCGCAUGGCUUGACGAAGAAGCUCUAUGAACAUGCUCAGGAGCAUCCAGAAAUCUCUCUGCCUAUCCUGGUCGAUGGCCCAUAUGGUGGUAUCAACAUGCAAAGAUUGAACGAUGCAGAUCGCUUGCUCGUCAUCGCAGGUGGAUCAGGCGCGGGCUGGAUACUUCCCUUUCUCGAGCUCUUCUGUAGGCAGCGAAGCACUACAAGCAUGGCUGACAUGUCAACCGGAAGCAAUAUUUCGCCCAGCGACGAAGAGAAGCGAUCCGGCGUUGAGCAUUGCCGCAAGCUACGCGUCGUCCUGGCUACUCGCGAUAUCGCCAAUCGCACUUGGUUUCUGGAAACGGUUGCUGAACUCUUCGCCAAGUACUCUCCACAAUUGAAGCCCAGCGACAUCGACAUCGAAAUCCAUUUGACUGAUAAAGCAGAGCGGAUGGUCGUUGCCGCAGGUACGAGAGGUUACGAAUCGGUUUCCACCUCAUCUUCAGCAGGCAACAUCGAAGUGGAGGCCAAAAGCGACCAGGUUACAGUGCCAACGGAAGAGCUUGCUGGUCGGCCAAACUUGCCCCAUGUCAUACAGAAGCAGACUGAAAUGAUAAGAGCAUAUGAUGAGUCUUUGAGCGUGUACGUCUGCGGGCCGAUUACUAUGCAGAAUGACGUUAGAAAUGCAGUUGCGAAGGAAAAUCUGGCAAUACUCAAGGGUGUGAGGUCCGGCGGUGUAUACCUGCAUUUGGAACACUUCUCGUGGGCUUGA